GUCCAAAAAAAGCGCGUAAUAUUUGAUUUUUUAAAAUACAAUUUAAUAAAAUUAUCUUAUCUAAUUAGUAAUUAUCUUUCACUCCUGUCAUUAGAUAAACUGACUGAAUUUUAUUAAUAUCGUUUCAAACUGAUACCUGCCAUCAGAUUGAAACAUUUUAGUUAUUUAAAUGCAAGAGCGAUGGUUCUUGUAGGGGUGUAUCUAUUUAGUCUCAGUUUCCUGUCUUCAGCUAAAGGCUGGACAGAUACAAAGCAGCGCAGUUUCCGAGAAGGUUUUUUAUUUGGUGCUGGCACCUCUGCCUAUCAAGUAGAAGGGGCUUGGAAUGAAGAUGACAAAGGAGAAAGCAUGUGGGACAGGUUCACACAUGAACAUCCAGAGGUAAUAGAGGGGGCCACCAAUGGUGACGUGGCCAGUGAUUCAUACCACUUUUACCAUAGAGAUGUAGAGAUGUUGAGGGAAUUAGGCGUUGAUCACUAUAGGUUUUCCAUUGCUUGGUCUAGGAUACUUCCUACAGGAUUAUCCAACAAAGUGAAUGAGAAAGGCCUGAAGUACUAUGACAACUUGAUAUAUGAACUGAUUAAAUAUAACAUAGAACCCGUAGUCACAAUGUAUCACAUGGAUUUACCUAAAAGACUGCAGGACUUGGGCGGUUGGGCCAACCCACUUUCAGUCGAGUGGUUUGUUGAAUAUGCAACAAUAUUAUUCGAGAGGUAUUCUAGCAAAGUAAAGUAUUGGGUUACUAUAAAUCAACCGAACAAAAUAUGUAUGGAUGGUUAUGGGGAUCAUUCAAUGGCCCCAGGGAUAAAUAUGAAGGGAAUAGCUGAUUAUUUGUGCGUCAAGAAUAUUAUGCUGGCACAUGCAAAGGCAUAUAGGCUGUAUGAGAAGAAUUACAAGGCAAAUAAUUAUAAAGGUCUGGUUGGUAUCGCUUUAUCAAUGAAUUGGGCUGAACCGGUCAAUAAUAAAACCGAAAAUGUAAAAGCGACCGAUGAUUACAGAGCGUUCACUAUAGGUUUGUAUAUGGAUCCUAUAUGGUCAGCGGAAGGUGGAUUUCCCAAGGUUGUAAGGGACACUAUAGCAAAGAAAAGCAAAGAGAAAGGCUUUUCCAAGUCUAGGCUACCUGAAUUGUCUGCUGAAGAGAUGGCUUUGCUGAAAGGAGCCGCCGAUUUCUUAGGCAUGAACCAUUACACCACUUUCUUAGUCCAAAAAGGCAGCACCGAUUAUGAGUCGCCUUCCUUCCUAGACGACGUAAACGUGGACCUCACUCAGGGCAAGGACUGGAAAAAAAGCCGAUCUUCCUGGUUGAAGGGCGCACCAUUCGGUCUGUACAAAAUCUAUCUCUACAUCAAUCAGAAAUACGAUUACCCCAAAACGUUUAUAACCGAGCAUGGAUGGUCUACGAAACCCGGCAUAGGCGACCAAAGCCGGGUGGACAACUUGAGAGGUUACUUGUUCGCGUUGCAGUUGGCUAUGGAAGACGGCGCCGAUGUCAUAGGGUAUACAGCGUGGAGUCUCAUGGACAAUGUGGAAUGGACAGCUGGAAUAAGGUAUUUUUCAUUAUUCAAAUACUAAACCAAAGAGAGGUGGACAAAUAUAAAACAACAUACGAGAGUGAUCACCAUUUAUACAUACUCUAUGUAUAAAUGGUUAGAAUUGUUAAAACCUCUUUAUAGAGAAGAUUCAUAUUAUUUUUAUUAUAGAAAGAUGUCGAUUCUGGCAGGGUUCUCUAACACGACUAGAAGAAAAAGUAAGACUGUCACAUUUAUAGUAUACUUUCAUCAACACUUCUCUAGGAAGAUACAUUUUUUUUAUAUAAUCAAGUUAUUCCGAUGCCGUUCUCUGUCUCUUUCUAGAGCCUUUUCAAUUUCAUGAGGUUGUCCCUAGUUCCGUUCUUUAUAGACAUGGGCCUGAUGUAGACCAUUCAUUUUGUUUUCGUUUUUACAGUGAACGUUUUGGUCUUUACGAGGUGGCAUUUGAUACAGAAGAAAAGAAGAGGACAGCACGAAUGUCCGCGCUAGUUUACAAACGUAUCAUAGAAACUAGAAUCAUAGAAGAGAACUGGACACCGGACAGUAUGAACAUACAAAUAUCGAACAGAAGAACCAAUAAAAAUAAAGUCGAAUUGUAGAUUAAACAGCUUUUUAUCAAAUACCGUAACGCACCCAGAUAAAUCCUGGGUGUUAUUUACCACAGACCUAGAGACGAGAUAUACGAAAUAGUUAUAAAAUUUAGUAUCAUGAAAACAUUCAAGGAUACAGUGUGACCAAGAUCUUUGGCCCGUAGCCGAAAUCGGAACUAAUUUUAAGAAGAUAUAAAAAAGCCUUUUAUUUAUAAAGGCAGGUGGUAGUAAGCCUUUUAUAUUUCCUGUUACUCUACGAGUUAUUUUAUAUUGUAACUUUCUCUUUAGUGAGGUGAUUUUAGGUGCUUAGUAAUCCUCAUUUCACUACUUAUUCACCAGAUGCCCUCCUGUCAAUGUCAUCUAAGUGUCACAAGAGCUUGGUCGCACUGUAGCGUAUAUUAUACUACAUAUGUAUAUUUUUUAACUAGAAUAGCUAGCAUUCGAUGACUAUUUCGAACAUGAAACAUUCUGAAAUAGAUACAUUUGAACUAGGUAGGUACUUUUCGUUAUGUAAAUAAACCUCUUAUUAGUCUUUAGCACUAGUGACCUGUUAAUAUAUCCUAUUGAUAUCACAAAGGGAUAACCAAAUGUUUUUUUAUUUGUAUUAAAAAUUGAUUGGCAUCUCUGAAAGAGGCCGCUUAAGUUUAUAUUAUAAUGUUAUUUAAACUUGUUGAGCAUAGCAAAAAUAAUAUUUUCGAUACAAUAAUUGCACAGUGUAGGAAGUAACAGACUGUUCUUAGAAAACAUAACUAUUUGAUUAGUAUAUUUUUUGACGUGAUUCAUUUCAACAUUGUUUCUAAAUAAAAUGCGCAGGCAGUGCUAC